AAUGUUUUACGUAAUGCAACUCUGUUUCCCCUCCCCUGUAGACACUUUACUCGGUAGGGGCUAGAAACUUCCAGCGUCACUCGUUCUCGUGUCUUUCAGAGUUCGUUCUCUUCUCUUCCAACGGAACAUCAGCUGUUUCAGUUUGUUCAACCGAUCCUAAACUCAAUCAACAUGGGAAAGGAAAAGACUCACAUCAACAUCGUCGUUAUUGGUCACGUCGACUCUGGCAAGUCGACCACUACCGGUCACUUGAUCUACAAGUGCGGUGGUAUUGACAAGCGUACCAUCGAGAAGUUCGAGAAGGAAGCCCAGGAGAUGGGUAAGGGUUCCUUCAAGUACGCCUGGGUGUUGGACAAACUCAAGGCUGAGCGCGAGCGUGGUAUCACCAUCGAUAUCGCCCUGUGGAAGUUCGAGACCGCCAAGUUCUACGUCACCAUCAUUGAUGCCCCCGGACAUCGUGAUUUCAUCAAGAACAUGAUUACCGGAACUUCCCAGGCUGAUUGCGCUGUUCUGAUCGUUGCUGGUGGUGUCGGUGAGUUCGAAGCCGGUAUCUCCAAGAACGGACAGACCCGCGAGCACGCCCUCUUGGCUUACACCUUGGGUGUCAAGCAGCUGAUCGUCGGUGUCAACAAGAUGGACUCGACUGAGCCUCCUUACAGCGAGAACCGCUACGAGGAAAUCAAGAAGGAAGUCAGCAGCUACAUCAAGAAGAUCGGUUACAACCCAGUUGCUGUUCCCUUCGUCCCCAUUUCUGGAUGGCACGGAGACAACAUGCUUGAGGCUUCCGCCAACCUCCCAUGGUACAAGGGAUGGAACAUCGAGCGCAAAGAAGGCAAAGCUGAAGGCAAGACCCUGCUUGAAGCUUUGGAUGCUAUCCUGCCUCCUUCCCGCCCUACCGACAAGGCUCUCCGUCUGCCCCUUCAGGACGUCUACAAGAUCGGUGGUAUCGGCACAGUGCCCGUUGGCCGAGUUGAAACCGGUGUCAUCAAGCCCGGCAUGGUCGUUACCUUCGCCCCCUGCCAGUUGACCACUGAAGUCAAGUCCGUCGAGAUGCACCACGAAGCCCUCGAGGAGGCCGUCCCUGGUGACAACGUCGGCUUCAACGUCAAGAACGUCUCCGUCAAGGAGUUGCGCCGUGGAUACGUCGCCGGUGACUCCAAGAACAACCCACCCAAGGGUGCUGCUGACUUCUUCGCUCAGGUCAUCGUGUUGAACCACCCUGGCCAGAUCGGCAACGGUUACACCCCCGUGUUGGAUUGCCACACCGCCCACAUUGCAUGCAAGUUCGCCGAAAUCAAGGAGAAAUGCGAUCGUCGUACCGGCAAGACCACUGAAGAGAACCCCAAAUUCAUCAAGUCUGGUGAUGCCGCCAUGAUCACCUUGGUCCCCACCAAGCCUCUUUGCGUCGAGUCUUUCUCUGACUUCCCUCCUUUGGGUCGCUUCGCCGUACGUGACAUGCGUCAAACCGUCGCCGUCGGUGUCAUCAAGUCCGUCAACUUCAAGGAUUUGGGCGCUGCAGGCAAGGUCACCAAGGCUGCCGAGAAGGCCGGUAAGAAGAAGUGAAUGGAGGUUUUCCCAUCCAACCGACAGAUGUGUCAUGUACCGGGUCCGAAGCAACUACAGUUCGAAAUUCUUCAUUUAGUUUCCGUCAAAAAAUUUUCUAAUCGGCAUCGAAAAGAGUUCAGGAGGAAAGCAAGCGUUUGGUUGGAUAAAUUUGUUUUCAACCUUGUUAUGUAGAACUAGACUAUCUGUCUACAGAAUGUCUUUGCUUGUAUCCCGUUGAAUUUAUUUGUGUCGUAUUUUUCUUCCUUAAACACGAAAUUUUAGCGCGUCUUACUAUUGGAGGGGUUAUCCUGGAGAAGAAUUAUGAUAUCUUGGUUUUGAUCAAUUGAAAAAAAGCGCCCUCGUGUACUUUCUAAGUGCAUUUUACUUUUAUUAGUCAUCUUGUACAUUUUUGAGAUGGCUUUAUUGGUAAAUUGUAAACUUUCCACUUGGUUUAUUCGAAUCGUUUUUACUUACUCCUGUAUGUGUAAGGGCUUUGGUAUAUACACCUCAAUCAUGCUCCAAUACAUGAAAAUUUGGACUGA